AUGCGCCCGUCGCGCGUGCUCAGCGCCCUCGUCAUUGUCCUCGCCGCGGUCGCGGUCGCGGACGCGGUGCGCGUGCGCCCGAGAUCGUUCGCGGGGGUCGGCGCGCGCGCGGGACGGCGACGACAGAUUCCACCGCCACACGAUGGAUUCGGGGCGAAACCGCGACGGAUGGCGUCGACGCGCGAUGCCGUGGGCGUCGACGGACGCGUCAAGGACGGCGCGAGGGACGCGGCGUACGCCGAACGCCUGCGGGCGAGACGCGAGGGCGAGGGGAGAGGGAAGGAUGUCGGGACGUCGAGACGACGGUUGACGCAGACGGCGGCGAUGGAGACGGAUGAGGCGUGGACGAACGCGGCAGACGUCCCGGAAUGGACGACGUGCGAUGGGUGUCGGCUCACGGUGAGAGGGUUGCACGCGGAUGCGGUGGUGGCGGCGAGAACGACGCCGCAGUCGUCGUGGCGGGCGUUGGACGAGACGCUCAGGGAGGAGGUGGUUGCGUUGGCGUGGCGAGAGACGACGUGCGGUCGGUUUAAGAACGUGAGUGCGGUGAUUAUGGAUGAGAACAAGCGGUUGGUGGACACACGGGACGGCACGAGGCACUCGGAGGUGAGUAAUCCGGCGGAGGCGCGGUUGAGACCGGAGGAGAACGCCGACACGUUCGCCGCCGCCGUGUUAUCCAACGUGUGCGCGUCGCUCAGAGACGAUGAGCAAACGCGAGAUUUGGUGGUGGCGGCGUUGGCAUCGAUCGAUGACGUUCGACCUAUGGACGAUGUCGGGGCGCGAGAUGUGUGCGAUAAGGUCGUUCCGAAUUGUACAGAAUUGUCUCGACACGAUGAAUUGUAG